GCUGGGCGAAGUGCUUCCGGUUGUUUUCUUUAACACUAAAGCCAAUCUAAAUUGGCACAGUGACGGAAAUAGAUCGGAUUGGUUUAGGCAUUAGAACUCAAUCAAGACUCGGUUGAUUGAUGAGAUAAGUGAAAUUUAAAUGGCGCAUCCUUGGGAAAGCUAAUGCAGUGAGAAAAGGCCACUGCAGUUGCGAAAGCGAGUGAAUGAUUAAACCGCUCGAUGCAGUUACAGUUGGCCGGUGAUCAGUGUUCAAGGAUGUGAAUUGCGGAAACAGUGAUCAGAGUUAAUUACUUGCAAUUAUUCGCAAUUUAUGAACAUAACGACGAACGAAAUUAGCUUUUCACACCAGCAUAUAUAAAAUGCAGAACCAAAGAAGGCUCUCGGCCGGUGCAGCCAUCCCCAAGGCCCCUGCCGUCAAGCGUCGCAUGUCCCGCCACGGUUCGGUCCUGAUUGAGACCACCCCGCGGCAAAUUCCGUGGGACCUGAUCGAUCGGCUGCUGGUUCCAAUCAUCGGCUGCCACGCCGCGGCCAUUGUUUGCUCCGGUGUGUUCAACUUUCUCGGAAUUUCCCAGGUGUCCGCGUUCGUGCUGUUUCUGUUCUUCUCCAUCCUGACGGUCGGGGCUGCCAUCGGAUUCCACAGUCUUAAGGUCUCAUCGCUGGGCAAGGCCGUGCUGAUCACCGGGUGCGAAUCGCCGCUGGCUCGGGCCCUGGCUAGACGGCUGGAUGAUUUGGGAUUUAUCGUAUUUGCCGGCUUCAAGGCCCUGGACGAGAGCGCCGAAGCGGAGAUGCUGAAGGCUCUAUCUUCCGGGCGGUUGAAACCGAUUCAGCUGGAUGUCUCCUCGGAGGUACAGAUGCUGGAAGCUUCUUUGACAAUCGCCGAGAAUCUACCGGAGGGUGCUGACGGGCUGUGGGCGUUGGUUCACUGCGAUGUUUGGUGCGCCCUUGGCGAGCUCGAGUGGAUUCCGUUCCCGGUCAUGAGGAAGUCGUUCGACAUCAACGUCCUCGGGGCCUCCCGGCUGUCGCAAAUCAUGCUGCCAUUGAUUCGCCGUGCCAACGGGCGACUGGUGUUCCUCUCGUCGGCCAUUGCCCACAUCCCAUCGCCGGUGCGGGGCAUCCAAUGUGCCACCCAGGCCGCCAUCGAGGGUCUGGCGUCCUGCUUGCGCCACGAGCUGAAGACCCGUGCCGUCAACGUAUCGAUUGUGUGCGCCAGCGAGUUCUCGUCCGGGGACGCCUGGCUCGACGAUAGCAAGAUGAUGGACCAAGCGAAGGCCAUGUGGGAACAGUUGAGCGAUGAGCAGAAGUCGGUGUACGGAGAGGACUAUUUCGAGACGGCUAUCCGUUCGCUGGAGAAGUAUACCAACACGGACGGCGACUUCCACUCCACUGUGCGAGCCCUGACCGAUGCCAUCAUUCGUUCGUUCCCACUGUUCCGUUACACACCGUUAUCCCGUUACGAAAAGCUCCAAACCAUCGUGUCCGAACAUCUGCCACGCUCCGUCUACGAACUGUUCUACCCAAACUAGAAGAGAAAGCUUGUCUUAUGCUUAUGAAAUAUUUUGUUUUGUAUUAUCGGAAGUUCACCAUGAAUAAGAAUUUCCAGGGAAAUAAUGCUUUUAUAAUAAACUACACAUAUUUAUCACUUGAAAAUUAAGCUAUCUACCAGACAUGGAAAUAUUUAUAGGAUGAUUUUAGACAGUUCAAAAGAGAUUGUUAUACAUCGAAAUAGUGUAUUGAUGGAUUUUGUGUGUUGGAAUAGAUAUAACAGUAGCUGGUAUAAAAGUAGCUUGAGUGAAGCAGUUUAUAGGAAAUGCAUGGUUUCUGUUUGUCAUAAAUUAGUGUUUGUUAGUAUAGAGAUGGCUGGUCAACGAAAGAGCUAAAUAUUAUUUAGUACUAGAUGUUAUAAAACGGGAAAGCUUCCCACAGAAGCUUUCCUCAAGUGCUGCCAUCUUUGCAUGGCAGCUAAGAAACUUAAUUAUUUAUGGGUAACGUUCGAAUGUCACACAAUGUUGCUUUGUUUAUAUAUCGCAAGCUUGCAUAAACUUACGCACACAAACUCAGUUAUAGUCGCGGGUUUGUAUUUCAAAUCGGCAUUUUAGUUAGUAGGUAGGUAUUUGUCGCAGAAUCUAGCAGAGAAAAAUAAACACAACAAGGGUAGUCUUUUACCAAAGGUAAACAAGCAAUCAGCAUUAACGAAACGGUUCCAUAACAACGAAACAAGUGCAUCGUAGACAGGGGAAAAAAGUCAAACAUUUUUCAAUAAAAGACCUGUGGAUUCAAA